AUGUUGCUAAAAUUAUCGAAACCAAAGAACCACGACUCCAAGGAGCUUUUACAAAAUGCCCUUAAGGAUUUACACUUAAUUGUAUCUGAAAUAAAACACAGUCUAUGUCCAGCGUUUCCAGCAUUUCAAGAUUUGCUACGCUAUCAGUUUGAAUCUCAGGGAAAGCUUGUUCGUCCAUUGCUUGUUACUCUCGCAGCAGCGUGCGCAAAUUCACACAUAGAAUGCAACACUCCCCUUAUUGUAAGAUAUGAUUCAUCUGUAUCAAGCCAUGCUAGGAAUCUGGCAUAUUUAGUCUCUCCCAAACAACAUGAGAUUGCCAAAAUCACAGAAAUGAUCCAUACAGCAAGUCUUAUCCACGAUGACUUGAUUGACUCAGCAUCUGUCCGAAGAGGGAAAACAUCGGCUUAUAAAGCCUUUGGACAUAGAGAGGCAAUUUUGGGAGGCGACUUCAUACUGACUCAUUCAUCUCGUUUAUUAGCUCAGAUAGGAGAUACUGGAGUGAUAGCUGUUCUUUCUCAAGUUAUUGAAGAUCUCAUUCAUGGCGAAAUGAUGCAGCUUGCACCCAACAGCGAUGAUGAUGAUAGAAGGUUUCAAACCUAUCUGACGAAAACCUACCGAAAAACAGCGAGUCUUAUUGCUAACAGCUGUAAAGCAGUUGCUAUGUUGACUGUCCCAACGCUAUCACAGCGGCACAUUGAUAAUAUGUACGAAUUUGGCAAACAUUUGGGAAUGGCAUUUCAAUUAAUCGAUGAUGUUUUGGACUUUGUAACUGAUGAGGCGAACCUGGGCAAACCUAGUGGGGCAGACCUACAAAUGGGUCUUGCAACGGGACCUGUGUUAUUUGCUGCCCAAAGAUAUCCUGAACUAAACGCCAUACUUCUGCGUCAAUUCAGUUUAGAUGGGGACACUGAAAGAGCUUUAGAAUUAGUUAAACAGUCCGAUGGAGUUGGUCAGACUCGGAUGUUAGCUGAAUUUCAUUUCCAGGCAGCUCAAAGAUGUUUAUUUCAAUUCAGGGAUUCUUUAUCAAGAAAGGCUCUUUUACAUGUUGCAGCGAAUUUCCUACAACGUGAUCGAUAA